ACUCUCUUCAUGUGGUGAAAGGUUUCCCAGUGCGUGCGUCAAAGCGCUACAGAUACCAUUAAUGACCGCUAUCAGCGUGAAUAUCCUGUUUUAUGUAAGAGUGGGCUAUCUGUUUACAAAAGAACCUGUCUCCUCGUUCAGAGGUGAGUCUCCUCAGCACCUCCGCGGCGCUGCUCCUGUGCGUCCUUUUACAUCUCCGCGCCCUCCAACUGGAGACAGUCACGGCGCGCACCACGCCAGGAGCGCAUCGGAGCAUUGCCUUGUCCUUUUUGUCUCGAGCUCUGCGCAACACAUUAUGGGAUUGCUAAGAAAAAGAUCUAAACUAUCGAGAGUCAUGACUCCUCGAAACCAGUGAAAUUGUUCUGAUGAAUUCCUAAAGGAGAAGAAAAAAAUGACACAUAAGCUCUGAAGAAGUGGCGCAUAUUUUGACUGGUGCGAUUAAACCCAGCUACAGGUGGGAUGCCGUAAUCAGUUUUGGACAGGGAGAGAUCAUGGAGCCCUGGAUGUUCCCAUCAUCCCCACCAAACCUAACGGAGCACCUUUUGUAUGACAGCUUCAUGCAGGGGAAUGAGUCCAGCAUUAAUGGAAGCUACAUAGACCACAGCUUCAACCAAACCAGCACUGUGGUCAUCACAUGUAUGUACUUUCUAGUUUGCGCUGUGGGACUUUGUGGGAACGCUUUGGUCAUCUACGUUAUCCUGCGCUAUGCCAAGAUGAAGACAGUCACCAACAUCUAUAUUCUCAAUCUGGCGGUAGCAGAUGUGCUCUUUAUGCUCGGACUGCCAUUCAUUGCCAUCCAGCUGGCACUAGUUCACUGGCCCUUUGGGCCUGUGCUCUGCAGGGUCGUUAUGACUGUGGACUCCCUGAACCAGUUCACGUCCAUCUUCUGCCUUAUGGUAAUGAGCAUUGACCGCUACUUGGCAGUGGUGCAUCCCAUAAAGUCCACAAAGUGGCGAAAACCACGCAUCGCUAAAACUAUUAAUUUAGCCGUAUGGGUAGUUUCACUGUUAGUCAAUCUGCCCAUCGUUAUCUACAGUGGUGUGAUUACAAAGCACAAUGGCUGCUUCUGCACCAUUGUGUGGCCAGAACCUCAAGAGACCUACUACACAGUCUUCAUGUUCUACACCUUCAUUCUGGGCUUCUUCCUUCCCCUAAUGGUCAUCUGCCUCUGCUACCUGCUCAUCAUCAUCAAGGUAAAGUCUUCAGGCAUCCGAGUAGGCUCCUCCAAAAGGAAGCGAUCAGAACGCAAGGUCACCCGGAUGGUUUCCAUUGUUGUGGCUGUGUUUGUGUUCUGCUGGCUGCCUUUCUACGUUUUCAAUGUCACCUCGGUGACAGGCAGCAUCAGCACCACCCCCAUCCUGAGGAGCACCUUUGCCUUCGUGGUGGUUCUAGGAUACGCCAACAGCUGUGCCAACCCAAUCCUCUAUGCCUUCUUAUCAGAGAACUUCAAGAAGAGCUUCCAGAAUGUUCUCUGUCUUAAGAAGGUAGGAGGGCUGGAUGAGGUUGAUCGCAGUGACAGUCGGCAGGACAAAUCUCGCAUGAUGAAUGACCCAACAGAGACCCAGAGUACUUUGCUCAAUGGUGACCUGCAGACCAGCAUCUAGCAAGUUUUACCAGCCUAUUUUAGAUCUCCUCUGAAAGACCUGAAUUAUUAGGCAUCAUUAAACUGAAAAAUACAAGGCACCAUAUGAGUUGGGCUUCUCAGCAUUAUAGAGAACCUAGACAAAAAAUCACAGGUUCAUACAAAUCUCCUUAGUAAGCUAUAAGAGAGUUCUUCAUGAAGGAGGCCUGAGGGAAUAUAACAAGCAGUGACACCUACUUGGCAAAUGGUCCCCUGGGUGACAUGGAUUUUCCCUGGAGACUCAGUAUUAUAUAUGUUGUUUACAACAGAGGACCUGCAUCAAGUUUCCCAGCAAUGUUUGAAAAUUACAAUGGAACAACACAGGGCUGUGAAGAACAUAUAGUUGUUAGAGCUGCCAGUUAUGAUUCCCUGGGAAGUAAAUAUUUAUGUAAAUAACUGUGCAUAUAAUGGACAAGACAUAAAGAUUGUUUAAAAAACGGACCAAUAUUGUCAUGCAGCUUAUAAUUAACCCUAGACUAGCAGUGUUUAAUGUGAAACAUCCUUCUGUAGCAGAAUGUAAUGAACUUCAGUGAUCUUGUGUUGAUUCUCUUUUUUUCUGUGGGGUAGUUCACUUGUGAUAUACCAAAUGUAAAUGUGAGUAACUUUUGUUCCAUGCAUUAUUGAGGCAAUAGCCCAAUAAAGCUGCAGCUCCGACAACAUACAUCACAGUGUUAAGAUAGAGAGAUUUUCUUGCUGGUGUUCAUUAUACUAACUUUCUGUGUAUUAAGAGUUUCACAUCACUGCUUGUGUAUAAGUAAAUGUAUUACAGGACAGUUUGACCACACAUGUUACCUCUUUUUCAAAAAUGUUGGAUUAUGUGACUCUAAAUUAUUCAGUAUGAACCCUGGGUUGUUUUGUGUGUUUGUGUUAUGCUAGCAUAUGAAACCUGUCCAGAUACUGUUUCAUGGAUGAGGAUUGUACUCGUCUUUGCUGUGCACCCAUCUGUCAGGGGUUGCUUGAGCUUUAGAGGUUGCUGUGCAUCGUUUUUAAAAGAAAAAAAAAAAGCAUUGAUGUUGUGAAAUGCAAUGGCUCACUUAAGAAAAGACAAACAUAAUUUAACUUUUUAGUGCCAUUUGAGAGACAGCAAUCUCUCUGUCGCUGAGUAAGUGAGCGAUGUGAAUUUGUGAAGGGCUAGAACACUUAUCUUCAAGAGGUUGUAGUGUUCCUUUAUCAUCACAGUCAUCAUAGUGCAGUUUCUCAACAAAGUCCACACAUCACCUUGACAGCCUGUCUGAAUCAACAGCCAGAUUGCCGUCUUUACAAAGUAUUUUCAGCAGAAGUAGAGUUUCCUCUUCUCUACAUUUGUUACACAUAAAAAAGUUAAAUUACAUUUCAUUGAUCUUCAUCACAUCACUAUGGAUUGUGCUAACAGCAUUUCACCUAUUUUGUUAUGCGUUACGGUGAGGAUAUCUCGAAUAUGUGUCAACUAUGUAUUGUACACAAUUAAUGCAAUCAUUGUCACAUUGUGACACAUGUGGUACUUUUGCCCAAAAUAAUGAGUUUUGCUAGCAUGCUAGCUAGAGGGCUAAUAAGCAGACUUCAAUGACUAUCUUUGAGUAGUGUUUUCAUGUUUACCAUUUUUUCCCACUAUAGAGCACAAGUAAUCACAAUGUAAUUAAAGUAGUUUAGAGUCUAAAUACAUCAUAAUGCAUUGGUGACAACCAAAGUUACAACUAAAAUAACUUGUUUUAGUUUUGAUAUUAUAAAUGUUUUUUUUUUUUACUUAGCCAAAGCUAUACUUUGUAAAUUAUAAUGAAAAUGUAUAAUAAAACUACACAUAAAAUUUUGUGAAGACUUUAAAAAAUAUCAAAAAAUUGUUGUAAAUCACAUAGUAUUCAGUUAUAUUUUAACUAAGUGAAUUUUGUUGGCAAAAAUGGUACACGUAAAAAAAGAAAUCGACUUUUAGAAUUAAAUAAAAAUAUUGAACUAGUUACAUCUUUGUACAAGAAUGUGGCCCCUUGGGUUAGUUUUGGUUCCCUACACGCGUUUGUUUUACACAUGCAAAUUGCAUUAUUCAGAGUCCUGCAACUUUUAGAUGUCUCUACUUCAGCACACCUGACUCCAAAAUAAACUCAUUAGUAGAGCUCAGUAUAUAUUACACAAUCUACCUGUUGCAUUGUGGAUCUAGUUUUAAUCAUUUUUACCAACAUUAAAAAAGCUUUUACCUCUUGUGUUGAAUUGUUCUACUGUUGUGAGCCGAGUUAAUUAUACAUUCAUUGGUAAGUUAAACAUUAUGCAUGUAGAAGCUGCAAAGAUAUCUGAAGAAAAAGAAAAUUGCCUUUACUAUGACCACAAUGUAAAGAAAAACUAUUCAACCAGAAAAUUUUGUCUAUUCUGUUAAUGGGUGGUACAAACUGUAAAGCAGUAAAAAUGGUUUGCAUCACAGUAGCAGAUUAACUAGUGGUAUUAGCUCUUCAUGCCUUCUUCUUGCAGUGCUAAUGAAUAGACAUUUCAGACAUUUUUCUUUAAGAUGCAUUAUGUAGCCAAUUUUUUUUUGUCCUACUCAGUGUAGUUAUCAUGGCAACUGUUUCUGUAUCGAGUUUGUAUAACCCUGAUUUUGUUUCUCAAGCUUCUGCUUAUUUAUAAUAAAACAAGGUUGAACCAA